AUGUUCAAAGGCACUGCCGAGAAAGAAAUGCAAGAAACGUUAAGUGAUUCCGAAGUGGAUGCGACGGCCACCUCCUAUCUCUUGGUUGUAUUGGGAUGUGUCAUAUUCCCCAAUACCAAUGGCAACCGAGUAGAUACCAACCUUCUACAACUAUUGCAUCCUCUCAAUAAGGUCACGGACUACUCCUGGGGAACGACAACUAUUGCAUUCUUGACGGCAGAGUUGAGAAAGGCGUCGAGGUUUAGAACUAGCCAAAUUGUCGGGAACGUGAGUCUAUUCCAGACAUGGAUCUAUGACCACUACCCCAGUAUGAAGUUGGUAGAUGUGAACCCAGCGUGGGAGAGAGGUACACCGAGAGGAACAAAGUACAAGUUCAAUGACAAUCGUUCAAGGACAAAGGAGCAACAGUUGGUUAGAUUGAGGGAGAAAUUAGACUCACUUAAGGCCUCGGAGGUAUGCUUUGAUCCAUACAAGGAAGACCGAGCUAGUAGACAUAUAGCGGGUCGUUCCGAGUUGUCCCAUUAUUUUGGACCGUUAUGGAACCCCACAUGUUAUGUGAUGUACAAUGUCUCCAGGGUGAUGGGACAACAUGGUGCUUGCCAAACAGUACCAUGGCAUCACAUUGAUGUCAAGUUCAAGUUGGACGUGGAGCAUAGCGAGUCUAACCAGGACAACAUCAAGGUAGUUUACUCUGGUACACCAUCUGUUGUUGAUCACUGGGAUAAGAGGAUGUACCACUUGGUGAACACUGGGAGAAAUGUCAACCGAGGUGAUGAGCUCCAGGCUAUACGGAGUGGUACCGGGAGUAUUCACAUCUUCGUGUAA